GGGUGGGGACUCAGAGAUUCUUUUCCAGCUGUGGCUGCAGCUCUUCCUCUGGGCCCACCUUGCUCUCCGUUUCCUGGGUUACCUGUGCCAUACCUUCUGGGGAUCUAAGCCACAGUCAGCACCCUGAGCCUCCCUGGCUGGGGGCCGAAGGGCCCAGAAUGCCCCAUCCCACCCUCAGAGAGGCAGGACAAGGAGUGAAAGAGUUCUUAGCCAAAGCCAAAGAAGAUUUUCUUAAAAAAUGGGAAAGUCCUGCUCAGAACACAGCCAGUUUGGAUCAGUUUGAUCGCAUCAAGACCCUCGGCACCGGCUCCUUUGGGCGCGUGAUGCUGGUAAAGCACAAGGACACUGGGAGCCACUAUGCCAUGAAGAUCCUGGACAAACAGAAGGUAGUGAAGCUGAAACAGAUCGAGCACACCCUCAACGAGAAGCGCAUCCUACAGGCGGUCAACUUCCCGUUCCUGGUCAGACUCGAGUACUCCUUCAAGGACAACUCAAACUUGUACAUGGUCAUGGAGUACGUGCCCGGCGGGGAGAUGUUCUCACACCUACGGCGGAUCGGCAGGUUCAGUGAGCCUCAUGCCCGCUUCUACGCGGCACAGAUUGUCCUGACGUUUGAGUACCUGCACUCCCUGGACCUCAUCUACCGGGACCUGAAGCCCGAGAACCUCCUCAUCGACCACCAGGGCUACAUUCAGGUGACAGACUUCGGUUUUGCCAAGCGCGUGAAGGGCCGCACCUGGACCUUGUGCGGGACUCCUGAGUACCUGGCCCCUGAGAUCAUCCUAAGCAAAGGCUACAACAAGGCUGUGGACUGGUGGGCACUCGGGGUCCUCAUCUACGAGAUGGCCGCCGGCUACCCGCCCUUCUUUGCCGAUCAGCCCAUCCAGAUCUACGAGAAGAUCGUCUCUGGGAAGGUGCGGUUUCCGUCCCACUUCAGCUCUGACCUGAAAGACCUGCUGCGGAACCUCCUGCAGGUGGACCUCACCAAGCGCUUCGGGAACCUCAAGAACGGUGUCAAUGACAUCAAGAACCACAAAUGGUUUGCCACAACCGACUGGAUCGCCAUUUACCAGAGGAAGGUGGAAGCGCCCUUCAUACCAAAGUUCAAAGGCGCAGGGGACACAAGUAACUUUGACGACUAUGAAGAAGAAGAGAUCCGGGUCUCCAUCAAUGAGAAGUGUGGCAAGGAGUUCUCUGAGUUUUAGGGGUGUGCCUGUGCCCCCCCAGUUUACUCUUCUUUUCUUUGUUUUCUUUUUCUUUUUUGGUGGGGGGAUGGGGGGGUGGAUUGAACAGCCAGAGGGCCCCGGAGUUCCUUGCAUCCAAUUUCACCCCCACUCCACCCUCGACGGUUGAGGGGAGCAGGAAGCCCAGACCUUGGGUGGGGGGACAGAAACACCAUUGCUCCCCCCAUUCCCACAGCCCUCUCGCCCCUCUCCCCAAGGAAACCCCAUCUCAGCCUACUUCUGCCUGUUGGAAAUGAGGCUGUCGUCCGCCAGACCAGGUCUUGCUGGUACAUCAGGGACAGGGCGAGGACUGAGGGGUCCAGACGCAGCACAUAACCCCCUCACCCUAAGGGCGAAGGACGACAGAAAGGCCAGGUGUCAGUGACCUGCUCAGAGAGCUGCUUGCUCGAAUUUUUAAAAACAAUUUCAGAUCUUAUUUAAGUUCCACCAGUGCCUCCCCGCCCCCUCACCAGCUCCCCAAAUCCAUUUUACCGAGGCUGGGAAGCAGACUGAGUUCGUGAGAAGAAAAAAAGGGGUUUGAACCUCUACCCUGAGCUGCUAACCCCGCCUUGCCUCCUUCCUGGGGUCCUCUGCCACCUUGCCAAGGGGCUCAGCCCCUCCCUGCUACCCCACCCCUCCUUCACCCCUGGGCUUUGGGAGCCAGACCAAGCAGCUACCCCUCUCCCUCCGGAUGAGGAGCCAUCCCCCCCCCCGAAAAGAGGAGUCCAGGGUCCCCCGUCUCACCAUCGGUGCCCCCCAACUCCAUUUUAUUCUCAGAUUUUAACACCCAGCCUCUUCUCAGCCCAGCUGGGAAGGCGACCCCACAAAAGGACUUGGAAUUGGCAGAGCGCCCCACCCCCACCCCAAAC